AACUUGUAGGGGUAAAAGUUGUUCUGUUUUAAACAGUAACUAUUUUUUAAAGGAUGUAAGUGUAGAAUUCCUGAACUUUUCGACAUUAUCCUUUCCAAACCCCUUUUUCUGAAACCCAACAACUGAACUCUACUCAACUCCAUUUCUCCAUCAAUUCUUCGAAAUUUCAUAUUCGAGCUUCUAAUUUUCUUCGUCUUCUUCACUUCUUGUUAUGAUUUUCUUCUAUCCUAACCCAACCUCAGCCUUCUCUCCCUCCCAUUUCUUUUCCCUUAUUAAUAUUAUCUUCUAACCCCUAAGAGCUGCAACAACAACAGCAACGGAGCCUUCAAAUUCCCAUUCUCUUUAGAAGCAGUGGAUAUUGUCUUUUGGGUAUGUCCUGUUCGCUCAAGAAUUUUUGAUUUCUCUCUUAAAUUAUAUUGUCAGUUUGGCAGUUGCUUUGAAUUUUCAAUUUUGUUUUUCAUUUUAAGAUUGUUAGAUAAGUAUGCAAAGCUUGCUUAACACCUUCCCUCAUCAAAUUUGCUUCAAACCUUUCACUUUUAAUCCUGAUAUUGCUCAUAAGCUUCCAAUAACAAGAACUGGGCUCUUAGCUCAAAGGCUUGAGCUUGUCCUUCCAAGAAGAUAUUGCGUAAAUGUAGGCGCAGAUAAUGCUGCUAUUAGCUCAAGGAGUGUUGAGAGUGACGAUGAGGAAGAAGAAGAAAAUGGAGAUGGUAAUAUGGAUUGGGAGUUGGAGUUUCUUGGAGAUCUUGACCCUCUGGGUUUCCAGGCCCCCAACAAGAGGAAAAAGCUAAAAAAGUCUAAGUCGCUUGAAGAGAGUGAGGGAAUGGAUUGGUGUGUGAGGGCAAGAAAGACUGCUCUUAAAUCGAUUGAGGCGAAGGGCUUAUCUCAUCUAAUGGAAGAUAUGAUGACAGUAAAGAAGAAAAAGAAGAACAAGAAGAAGAAGCUGGGGAAAAUAGAGAAAGUGAAUAAGAAAAUCAAGGAAGUUGAAGAAGAUUUGGAUAUUGAUUCCGAGGAAGACUUUGAUAUGCAAGAUACAAAUACUCUUAAUGGUGCUAGUCAUUUAAGAAGAACUGUGAGUGUGCUGGCAGGUGGGAUGUUUGAAGAGAAAAAGGAGAAGACCAUGGAAGAGUUUGUUCAGAGGCUUUCCCAAUUUUCGGGGCCAUCUGAUCGUAAGAAAGAAAUCAACUUGAAUAGAGCUAUUAUUGACGCACAAACUGCAGAAGAAGUGGUGGAGGUUACUGCAGAGACAAUCAUGGCUGUUGGGAAAGGCUUGAGUCCCUCACCUCUCUCUCCUUUGAACAUUGCCACCGCUCUUCAUCGAAUUGCUAAGAAUAUGGAGAAAGUUUCAAUGAUAGAGACACGUAGGUUGGCCUUUGCUCGCCAAAGAGAGAUGUCUAUGCUUGUAGGAAUAGCAAUGACAGCCUUACCAGACUGUUCAGCUCAAGGUAUCUCUAAUGUCUCGUGGGCAUUGUCUAAGAUUGGUGGUGAUCUGAUUUACUUGUCAGAAAUGGAUAGAGUUGCGGAGGUGGCCUUAACCAAGGUUGGGGAGUUUAAUUCACAGAAUGUGGCUAAUAUUGCAGGUGCUUUUGCUUCAAUGAAGCACUCUGCUCCUGAUCUCUUUUCUGAAUUAUCCAAAAGGGCAUCAGAUAUAAUUCAUACUUUCCAGGAGCAAGAGCUUGCUCAGGUGUUGUGGGCUUUUGCUUCUUUAUCUGAGUCUGCUGAACCUUUGCUGGAAUCUUUAGAUAAUGUUUUCAAUGAUGAAAGCCAAUUUAUAUGCUACUCAAGCAAAGAAAAUUCAGAAUUUGACAGCGAAAAUGGUGUGGACAACAUAGGAGAUCUUGACUUUGAUGGCGUUAGAAGCUCCCCUGUUCUCAGUUUCAGAAGGGAUCAGCUUGGGAAUAUAGCUUGGUCUUAUGCUGUUAUUGGACAAAUGGAUCGGACUUUCUUUUCCCAUGUGUGGAGAACUCUGAGCCAAUUUGAAGAACAAAGGAUUUCAGAGCAGUAUAGGGAGGAUAUCAUGUUUGCUUCUCAGGUUCAUCUAGUGAACCAGUGCUUGAAGCUUGAGUACCCACACCUUCAGUUAUCUUUAAGGGAAGAUCUUGAGGAGAAAAUUGCUCGUGCUGGUAAAACUAAGAGAUUUAAUCAGAAAAUGACAUCAUCAUUUCAAAGGGAAGUUGCCCGUCUUCUUGUUAGCACUGGUCUCGAUUGGGUCAAAGAAUAUGUUGUGGAUGGGUACACUUUGGAUGCUGUAUUGAUUGAUAAGAAGGUUGCUAUGGAGAUUGAUGGCCCAACGCAUUUCUCAAGAAAUACUGGGGUGCCCUUGGGACAUACUAUGCUAAAAAGGCGCUACAUAACUGCUGCUGGUUGGAAAGUUGUGUCGUUAUCUCAUCAAGAGUGGGAAGAACGUCAAGGUGGUUUUGAGCAGCUAGAGUACCUAAGAGAAAUUCUGAAGGAGCACUUAUAUGUGGACAAAAAUACCAUCCUCGUAUAGGCAGUGGGAAAGGUAGUUGAUAAUGGAAUUGAAUUCUUGAAAUUCUGGCAGAUGAGUACAGUUGAAAAUACAUAUUUGUUAGCGAGUGAAAUGCGUAAAUAUAAUUUUCACAGAUGCAUUUGUUUCGGAGCAGCUAAUAUGCCAAUAUCAAACUUCCUCCGCCCGGACUGAUCUAAGCUGAUUAAGUAGCUAAACAACAUAGAGGUGUUGAUCCACAUCAUUCAUAUAAAACACGCCUGAAGAAUUGAGUGCCAUCUUAGUUUUUACUUGCAGCCUCAUCAGAAGAUUCAGAACCACUGUUCUUCUGGUGGUCUCCAGUCCGUCUCUAGACUUUGUCUGUUUUUUUUCUGUAGAGCUCGGUUGGAAUUACGCUGAGGUUCAUCGAAGCUCAUUCUCCUGGUGAGGAUGUAUGGGUAUGGAAGCUAUUUAUUAUGAUGUCCUAACUUGAAUAGUAAGGCUUACUCUGCUAGUCAGUUACAAGUUGAAGUC